AUGAUAGCUCAACAAGGUGAUGCUGGCGAGGACACGGAGCGGCAGCAGAGCGGCGGCUUCCGGGUGCUUGGCUUCCGCUCGCCACAUGAACGCCUACCAGCAGAACACGCAGCGCAGCUCGCGCGCCGCGACCGCGUCUUCGCACCAGACUCGCUCGCCAAGAAGGGCUUCGACCGCAAGCCAUGCCUCUUCAUACUCUACUGGUUCGCGCUCCUCGGCUACUCCGUGACGGUGCGCGUCCUGGCCGCGCCGGGGGACCUGGACUCGCGCGCGCUGGGGUACAUUGACCGGGCGCAGCACGUGGAGGUGUACUGCAUCGUGACGUGCACGCUGCUGUUCUUUGCGUGGCUGGGGCCGGUUGCGGUGGUGCUGUUCCCCAUGUCCGUGGCUGCGGUGGUGCUGUGUUGUGUGGAAGCGGUGAGGUUGUCCAAGGUGCGUACACAUCUCGUACCGGCGAAACGAGUACAUUAUGCUGGCUGUGUUGGCCAUCAUGAUUGGCUUGCCUGCGGCGGUGAAUGCGCGGGAGGGGUGGGUGUGGUGUGCGUGGCGUUGGAGGAAGAGGUGAAGAAGUAG